CAAGUGAUCAAGUGUCUAGUUGAACGCGAUUAUUACGGUAUAACUGUCUUCUUCUUCGACACUCUUCCGACAUGGCUACGUGUGUUCCCUUUGAAAGUGAAAAAGUUAAAGAUGCGAAGAGAGAAGAAAAACAGAGAGCCAGGGCAGUUGUUUUGGAAAAGGCAAAGAAAGAAUAUGAAAAAGCUGAAUGGAGAAAAGAACAAGCAAAACUCCGUGGAGAAGAUGAAUGGAUGUUACCUUCGAUCCAAAGCAGAAUUGACAAAGAAGAAAAAGAAAUGGAAAAAGUCAAGUCCAAGAAAAGAAGCAAAGAAAAGAAAAAAAAGAGAAAGUUGAAAAAAGAAAAGAAAAGAAAGAAAAAACAUCAAAAAGGCUCUGACAGUGAAAGUAAAUCUGACAGUGAUGCUGAUGAGAUUUGGGUUGAGAAACCAAAGGAAAGAAAUAAAUUUGUAGAAGAGCAGUUAACAGCUGUCAAAGGACCACAACUCCAGCGAGACAGCUGGAUGGAGGCACCCAUUGAUCUGAUUCCAUUGACCUCACGACAGGAAAUAAGGGAGUCUAUCCAAAAGGACAAGGAGGAGAAAGAGAAACAGCAAAACCUUCUAGAUCAGCCUGGACAGCAUGCUUUAGAACUAAAUCCUUAUUGGAAGGAAGGAGGCACCGGGUUACCGACAAAUGAGGGGGAAAAAGACAAACCUGUUGCACUGAUGGGGGAUGGAGGCGUGUCCUGGCUGAGGAAGGCCUACGACAGGUGUGUCCAAAAGGCAAAAGAAGAGAACAAAACAGUGGAGGAAGUUGCUGCAGACACGUAUGGGUCAUUAAAAUCAUUAAAAAGGAAGUUGGCUGCUGCAGAAAAAGCAAAUAAAGAGCUGAGUAAAGGUGAAAGGACAUGCAGAUCACCUGAAGCUAGGAGAAAGAGCUUCAGAAAGCCAGAUAACAGUGACACAUUUGGUGAUGACUAUCAAACAUCAUCAAGGAAAAUGAGUUUCAAAAAGCCUGGCAGCAGUGAUGAUGAAUCUAAAUCAAGAUCACAAGCAAGAGAUAGGAAAAGGUCAAGGUCAAGAUCAGGAGAGAGACACAGGUCAAGGUCAAAGGAUAAAUAUAGAAAAAGUUCAAACUUCAUGAAUAAAAGACGGGAAAGGUCAAGAUCAUGUGAAAGAGAGUUGCUAGAAAAAAAAUCAAGGUUGUGUGAUAGAGACUCAAGAGAGAGAAGUAAAAGAUUCAGAAGACCAGGCGAUAGUGAUGAAGAUGUAAAGACUAAAUGCAGGCCAAUGUUUAGGGGACCAUCAGAAGGUGAUGAUUCCCGAGAUAGGUCCACUAGUUUCUCACCAAGGAACUCUGGCAAAGAGGACAAUUACACACCAUCUUGGAGAAAGAAGGAGUUUAUGAAAACAAAACAGGUUGAACAGAACUCAUCAAAAAUAUCAACUGAGAAACCUUCAAUGAAUAUCUCUUCUUCAGUUUCCAGCACUUCUUCAGACAGCAGUUCAUCAUCCGAAUCCGAUUCUGCUGAUGAAAGUGGUAAAAGGGAUGCUGUAAAUCCAUCAAUUGAAACCGCCAAAAAGCAGGAAAUCAAGGUUCUUUCAGAACAGGAAAUGAACCUACUAGGAGCUAAACUAGUGAAAGCGGAGCUGAUGGGGAAUGAGGUAAUGGUGUCUAAGAUAAAAGCUCAGAUGGAGGCAUCAAGGAAGCUGAAGGAGGAACACAAGACUAUGCCAAGGAUAGUCGGGGAGAAGGAGGAAGAGGCUGAGGAUGAAUAUGUGGUACUGUCACGGACGGGGCCAGAUGGAAUAGCCCAGCCACUCCCUGACAGACAGCACCCUAAAGAACAGGGGAAACGUAGGAGAAAGAAAGAAAAGGUGGAGACUCAUGACAAGGUUGGAGACCGCCAGAGAUACUUCGAUGAUGAUGACCAAUUUGAUUUGAAUACUCUGGUACUGCGUGAGAAGAUGGGCACAGCUGAGGACCAGAACUCCAUGUUUGCCAGACUAGCAGGAAGGGCUGUUGAGAAGACAGAUGAUGAUUACCAGCUGGAUGACAUGUUUAUAUCCAGAGCAGGGAAAAAGCAAUCAGACUCACGUACCGAAGAAAAAGAGAGAUGUUUAGCCAUGGGAGAGCACAGAAAAAUGGCUUCAGUUAUGGAAAAAUGUCAGUUCUGUUUUGGCAAUGUUCCUAAACACCUGAUAAUAGCGAUCGGGACAAAGGUGUAUUUGUGUAUGCCCAACCACUGUUCGCUGACUGAGGGUCACUGUUUGGUCGUGCCCAUGCAGCAUGUGGCCUCCAGUACAGCCAUGGAUGAGGAUGUGUGGAAUGAAGUACAGUUAUUCAGGAAGACUUUGACCAAGCUGUUUUUGGACCUGGACCAGGAUGUGGUGUUCAUGGAGACAAGUAUGGGCCUGAAGCAUUCCCCUCACAUGUACCUAGAGUGUGUGCCAAUGCAACGGGAAACUGGUGACCUUGCACCUAUCUAUUUCAAGAAAGCUAUCCAGGAUUCGGAGACAGAAUGGACACAGAACAAGAAGGUUGUUGAUCUGAGCCAGAAAAGCAUAAGGAGAGCUGUACCAAAGGGCUUUCCAUUCUUUAGUGUGGACUUUGGUCUACAGGGCGGGUUUGCCCAUGUUAUUGAAGAUGAGCAAGUUUUUCCAAGGUAUUUUGGUAAGGAGAUCAUUGGAGGGAUGCUGGAUGUGGAACCAAGGUUGUGGAGGAAAAAUCAGAAGGAAAGUUUCGAUGAACAGAGAAAGAAAGUUUUGCAGUUUUCUGAGUGGUGGAAACCACAUGACUGGACACAAAAUCUCCAUCAGGAUGGAUGACAUUCAAAGUAUUAGAGAAUGUAGAGAUGCUCCAUCUAUAAAUAAUGUGUUUAACUAUAGAGUUAGAUAAACAUAACAUCCUAUCAUCAUUAUCCCUUUCAUACCAAAAGACAUCAUGUAAAGUGUGUAAUGGGUCCACAUUUGAAUAAAUUGUACAAUUUUAUAAGAUGCAGUCUGGUAGAGUAAUUGUAAAAAUGUCAAAAAAAGAAAUCAGCCAAAAUAAUGAAAUGUAAUUUCAUAAACACAUACAAAAACAGUACACAGAUUAAUAAAUGUCACCGGUUGCUCAGUAUAAAUACCAAAAACAUGAACAAGUUGUGUAUUCAAUCAUUUUUCUUUUACUGUCUCCGAGAAACCUACAAUACAGGACAAUACAGUAAGUACUACACAACUUCAGCACCGACCAAGGUACCGGACCUCUGAACACAGACCGCUAUAUAUAUAUUAAUUCAAAUAACUAAAUAUAACAAUCACACGUUAGUUAUUACAUUGAUACUGCAAUACGAUAUGAUGUAUGAUGUUCUUAGGAUAGUUUGUUAAUAAAUGCUGGCAGCAAUGUGUCUUUACGCCUCUAUACAACCAGCCGAUCUGGAGCAGAUAUCCUUCAUUUACGAGUUGGAUUGUAAGAAUGACCACUGGGCAGUAAGUAUUUACCCAGUAGCCGAAAUAUAGUGGCGGGAAUAUAGGGUGCUUUAUUCGUACAAGGGGCAGGUCCAAGGUCUACGUUGUAAGUACAAUUCAGUCAGAAUGUUGAAACAGAACAUAACAACACAGGUACAUACAUUCCGAACUGAUGACGUCACAUACACUGUUUACGAGACGGGACAACACACGUGUAUACAGACAGUUGACAGCACUCGUUGUAAUAUAUAUACACACACACCAUAUAUAUCUAUAUCAUAUACCGGUAUAUACCCGGGUUACAUAAAAAUAAUUGUAAUAUUUAAAACCUGUCGCUGGAUUUGAUGUAAUGAUGCACAUGUCUAAAAUUGUUUUUGUGGAGGUUUUCUGAAAGUUGAGCAUUACAGAACAAAAGCAGUUAUAAAUUGAAAUCAACAUGUAAGGCAUUCAAAUCUUGGAGCAGGACGCGUCUUUUGUUGUAAAAAAGUAGGUACUCACAAAAAAUGUGAAGGGCAUUUUCACAUUAAUGGCCGCAGUUGCAAACUGGACUUUCAACAAGAUUUACUGUAUAAAAGAAAUUUGUAAUUGUCCAACCAUUGUUAAAAUUCGCAUAAAAUGUCAUAGGAAUUGAACUUAAUCAUCUAACCCUUAUGCCAAACCUGAUCAAAAGCCUUAGAAAUAUCACAGAAUACCAUACAUACAAUUAAGUCAUGUUUUUUUCCUCUAGUUACAUACAGAUGUUAAGGUAAAUUUCAAUGAGUUGAUAUACAAUAGAAUGACCAGGCUUUGCCUGGUGCUUAAAGAAAAGUGAGUUUUCAAUAAAAUAAUCAUGCAAGUACUUGAAAAUUACUC